GUCAACUGACCACAUGUGGAUUUACAUCUGUCCAUUGAAUUUAAAUAAAAACAAUAUAAUAGUAUAACAGGCAUGCGGAACGAACAAACGUGUGGCCAGUGUUUCCUUACGGACUGGUUUCUAAACCGCACCUCUAUCUCAUGUGUUGUGGCUGUUUGGAAAAAUCUCUAUUCUUCUUGCAUACUUUUUAUCUUACUAUUAUUCCUGUGAAACGCGGAUAAACUCCUACAAUAUGUCCGGAGAUCCCGGUCCGCCCUCGGUCAAAGUAGACCUGGGCUUCCUGGAGGAGGCGGAGCCGUGGCGGCUUCUCUCUCCGCAGUUCCCCAGUAAAGUCGGGGGGAAGCCGGCGUGGCUCAGCCAGAAAGGCCCGCCCUCGCUGCCCGGGCUGGAGUGUGAGAAAUGCCGCCUGCCGAUGGCCUUCCUGCUGCAGGUGUACGCUCCCAUUUCUGAUGAGGACAGAAGUUUCCACAGAACUCUCUUUCUGUUCUGCUGUAAAACUCGUGAGUGCUACACAAGCAACGACAGCCGCUGUAUGAAAGUUUUCAGGUGCCAGCUGCCAAGGAGGAAUGAUUUCUACCCCUAUGAUCCUCCAUCAGAGGAUGAACCCCCCAGCGGUCCUGAACAAGACCAGAGUGUGUUGUCCGUCUCUGGAAUUAAACUCUGCUGGGUGUGCGGUUGUCCCGGCAACAAAGCCUGCUCCCGCUGUCAUACUGUAAACUACUGUGGGAAACACCACCAGACGCUUCACUGGAAAACCACACACAAGAGGGAAUGUUGCACUCCAGAGGCGUCCAUCGUCACAACUUCAAGCUUCCUCUUCCCUGAGUCUGAGCUGGUCACUGAACCUGAGGAGGAAGAAGACACAAAGGAGAGCGAAGAAGAAAAGGAGAGCGAAGAUUGUCCCCUCUCAGCAGACACCCUGGCAGAGACCGACCUGGAGGAGAUGGCUAUGCACGAGAACGAAGACCACAAAGUGUUCCAGCGAUUCAAAAAGAGGAUCAGGGCAGAACCUCACCAGGUGGUGCGGUACAGUCGCGGCGGCUCCCCCCUGUGGGUCUCCUCUCAGCACAUCCCUUCAGAUCAGGACAUCCCAGCAUGCACCUGUGGCGCCAAAAGGGCUUUUGAGUUUCAGGUGAUGCCACAGCUGUUAAACAGUCUGUGUGUGGACGCCACAGGAGACAGUAUAGACUGGGGGACACUGGCUGUCUAUACGUGCUCUGCCAGCUGUGACCAUGACGACCAGUACUGCCCGGAGUUCAUCUGGAAGCAGGACUUCAGCUCAGAGCCCACCGAGUCCAGGAGACAGGGAUGCACGUGAAAGCUCAGCGAGGCAGGCAGUUUGCACUCCUGCAGUGAUGUCACUUCCCAUUCAGUAGAAUGGACACAUGCUGCAGCUCGCCUUAGCUGAUGAGACACCAAUCAGAUCAAAAUCUUGUUUAAUUAUUGAACUCAACAAGAGGAAUUUAGUCUUAAGACUAUCAAGGAGAGUGAAGAGGUUUUUGGACAGCGGCAAUUCACAUUCUGCACUGAUUGUUGCAUUUAGACUGGAAUUCUAUUUCUAGUUUAUAAUACAUUUCAGUGGUAUUUCUCACCUGUGGUUAGUGGGUUAUGUCCGCUUCCAAACGCAAAACAAAUAAAACAUCUCUCUGUGCCUCACGUGUUCAUCUACUUUAGUAUUUUUUGGUUUGUUUCGAGAAAAAAAAAAGUACAGUUGCUAAAUAUUCUGGUUAGUUAUAUCUUCGCAUUCUACUCGUCAGCCUGAAUUUUCCAUUUGUAAUGGCUCCACAAGAUUUCCAGUAAUUUAAAAGCAUCUGCAGUGUCUAAAGUUAACUUCCUGUUUGCACAGUGAGAAUAAACAGCUGCAUGAAAGCUCCCAAACACGAGGUAGUUUGAGAGUGCUUUUGGGUUCACUCAGCAAACACUUCUGUUCUUAAGAGCCCUGCAGAGCAGAGGCAACUUAACUAUCACCACUUUGUCAGGUUCACCCGUUCAACAAACCCCUUAUCAGCCGUUCACAUAGCAGCAUCGUCGUGUAUUUAGGCGUGUUAACAUGUUUGGGACGAUCAGAGUAGGGAAAAGGGAUUUAAGUGACUUUGAACGUUGGUGGUAGGAGUGAGCAGCAGGUCUCUAAUUGGACAAAUCUUAAGUUCCUAAUAAUGUAAUGCUAACAGUUCAGGACCAACAUGAUAGCAAAUGUAUAAAUAUUGCAGUAUGUUUAAAGGAUACCACAAAAACAGUCUUGUGACUAAACAUAAAGAUUCUCUCU